AUGGUCAUUUUUGUAAAUAAAUUAUUACUUGAUGAUUAUUGCGCUUCGAUUUCGGUACCAAUUGAGGUAGUUUUGGGUUGCGCCACUUGCCGAUAUUAUUUUAGGUACCUGUCCAAACAUUCUUUGUAUUUUGAUAAAAAUUAACGUCCAAAAACAACCUUUGGUACAUAAUUAUGCAGAAAAAUGUGUGGUGUAUCACUGCGACGACCGUAAUUACUGUCGAAAUCGAUUACUCGCGUUUUUUGGCCCGCCUCCCAGCGCGCUCUCCCUGAUUUUCAAUUUUUCUUGGCAUUCCGCCGCAAGAGAUGGGAUUUUUUCGCCAAACGCUUUCCGACAAUCCUUGAGCAAGUUUUUGUUGUUUACGCUGUAUAAUUGUAUGCAUUUCCUCGGUUCGAGGCAGUUUUCUUCUUGCUCAAGUUGUUUUAGUGGAUAAAUUAUAUUUUCCUCGAAUUUGAUGCGUUCCCCUCCUGGAAAUGGAGGAGUUGCAUCGAUUUUAUUUUUUAUACAUUUUUUCUGAACUGACUGGCGGGAAAACGGAGCCCGUCGAACGUAUCCGUCGCAGUCUAAUUCAAUUUAUUUCAGGAAGCUUGUCCCAAGUAUAACUUUAGCCUGCCCUUAAUUGGUUUCUUGGCCCAGCCAGACAAUUCUCAGACUAUCACUUCGAACAAAGUAAGGGGUUUUCUGUAUGUUCUUUUUUCUCUAGGAAAUCGAGACGCAGUCAGAGAACGAGACAGUUUUACAUUAUCCAUGAAGUGUAAUAUAGAUUUUGCAUUUUGAUGAUGAAGCCGACUAAUGAUGGCCUUCUUACAGAGUCUCCAACAUCUUGAAGGGAUUCAGGGCGUGUUUCCGUCGUCGCAUUUGAUGCAGUCGCAAUUAUGGCCUCCGGGGCCAUCAACUUCGGCACCUACCACUGAACCUCCGCCUGCGAUUUCCUCCAUUCCCACCGUGGUUGUGGACCAUUUCGACCGUCGAAGACAUAGCUUCGAGCAUCCUGUUGGCCCCGACAACUCGUUAACAUUGCCAGCACCACCGAGCAGCGUGGAAAUUCAUCAAGCGCCGGCGACUCCGAGGAAUGGUGGGGUUUAUGUGCUCUCUCAAUUAAAUCCGCAUGAUGGUAGGUUAAUUUUUGCUGCUGAGUAGCUCUUGAAUUUUCUGUUUUUAGUGUCGAAUAUAUGUGUGGUGGAGAAUUCGGCGGAUAAGACGGUCUAUGUCCAAAAAUGUUCUCCAUCCCAGCUACAAGGUGGUCGCGCUGUUGUUUCGGCUCCGGAUCCGAACAGAGUGAGUUGAACCAUCGCUAAACUUAUUUCGCAUGAUGUAUUAUGCUAUAUUCUUUAUUUUCAGCGCUUCCACAACGCUCCCACUCGCACUGUGGUUGUGAAUCCGAGCUUCUACGGACAGAACCCACCUCCACCAAGGCGAGUGGUGGUGAACAGUCGUCUGAACCCGACUCCCACCCAAAACCAAACCCCAAUUCGUGUGGAACAAAUCACGCCGGCCGCUCAGGCCAGAGCCUACACGCACGCGUCGCUGGGCCCACUCACACAGCAACGUCUUCGCUCGGUUCCAUUGACUCAACAAGCGAAUGGCGCUCAGCUUCAAGCCGCCCAACGUCGCUUGAGUCAGAGCUUGGAGGAGCUGAAUGCCGGCGAUUACAACCCAAACCAGCCGAUUCCCACGACCACUGUGUCGCCGGCGACCUCGGCUUCCCAGUCCCCGGCCCAGUCGAUACGAAGACCGACAACUGUUGUGGUGACCCGCACCAUCCGCCCCACCACUUUGUCCUACGCCACAAGCCAGCGGAAUGCCCUCCCGGUGACUGUGAAACUACCCUCGCAGUAAGUUUAACACUUUUUUUUGAGAUUUUUGUUGGUUUAGGAACAACUUGAGAGUCCCGAGACUCACACAAACCGUCCGCGAAGACCGACGAAUUGCCGUCGACCGACCGAUGAAUGCUGUUCUGCAGUCGUCGAGUGCUCGAGUAAGACCGAUUGAUCCGAAAUACAAGGACAAAAGCAACCGUGCAUUCGUCGCUUUCCGCAAGGAACAGCAGCAGAAGUUUGCGGCCGCCGUCGAUAAAAGGAAACGAGAAUUUUCCCACCCACCUCAUCAUCUGCAACAACGCCAACCCUCCGGCUCGGUGUCCAGCUGCAAUGAGAGCAAGAUGUCGGUGUCGCCGAAGAGCGAACACGAAUCGGCGGCGUCGAACGGCUCCAUUCAUGGAGAGUAUCAGUUUGAGCGGAACGGCCUGAAAGAAGAGGAAGAAAACAGUCAAGAGGAACUCAAAAUCACCGAAAAUGGCGAUGUGGAGAUGAAGGACGCCUCGCAGCACGACCUCCACUACAUGGACUACGGCCAAGCACAGGAACUCCAGAACAUCCAACCGAUGACACCCGCCAUCCAAUAUCAGCAUCGCCAGAGUCAGCCGCCCACAAUAGCGGGCUACGACUUGACCCGGUAUGAAAUGACCGGCCAAUUUGUCGAUGGCCAACCGGUGGUGAAGCCGCGCCGACCGGGACGCCCGAGGAAAACGGAUCCGCCCAUCAUCAGGACCCCCAAGGAUACGAAGCGAAGAAAGCUGGAUGAUGAAAGUGCAAGUGAGAAGAGGAGGAAACAAAAACCGCCAAAGAGAACCUUGGAGCAAGAAAUUAAGGUGGCAGACUCCUAUAUGUUGGUAAGAAUGGGAUUUUGAGGAGGAAAUUGUGUUGUAGUAGGUGGCAGAUACUCAAAAGCUAAAAAAAUUAUCGCCCAAAAAACUGCAAUCCUUUUUUGCCACUAUUAUGGCUCAUUAAAAGGCCGUAACAGCUUAUUUCUCAAGGAAAGUACUCUUAUGGGGUAUGGAGUUACAGAUCAAGACAUAUCAAAAAAUCACAAAAAUCUGCAAUCCGUUUUUACCACUAUUAUAGCCCGUUCCAAGACCAUAACAACGUAUUUUACAAGGAAAGUAUUUGUAUGGGGUAUGGAGUUACAGCCCGAGACAUGUAUUAAAAAAUCGCAAAAUUUUGCUGAUUCAGAAUGUGUGAAAAUUAGCUGUCCAAUUUUGGUUUGUAAGGGCGAAAACCCCCUCAGAACUUUUCUCGCAACACCACGCAAGUACCUUUUUGACCAAGUUUUUACCAAUUCAAAGGCUUUGCUUUGAGUUAAAGUAAACCCUGGCAUCUUGACAAGCCUUAAAAUAUCAAAUUUGAUGAAUACUACAUCUUAAUUUUUAUAUUGGAACUGUUGAUUAAGGUGUAGUAUUAAUCAAAUGCGGUAUUUCAAGGCUUGUCAAGAUGCCAGGGUUUACUUUAACUCAAAGCAAAGCCUUUGAUUUGGUAAAAACUUGGUUUUGCGUGGUGUUGCGAGAAAAGUUCUGAGGGGGUUUUUCGCCCUUACAAACCAAAAUUGGGCAUCUAAUUUUUACACAUUCUGAAUCAGAAAAGUUUUGCUAUUUUUUUGAUAUAUGUCUCGACCUGUAACUCCAUAACCCAUAGAAGUACUUUCCUUGUAAAAUAAGUUGUUAUGGCCGUGGAAUGGGCUAUAAUAGUGGUAGAGAACGGAUUGCAGCUUUUUGGGCGAAAACUUUUUUUCUACAAUAUUAGUUUAGACGAAAGAUAGGGCGCAGGUCGCGGAAAUCAAAAUUUUUUGUUUCGGCUGGUCUUUGAGUAAUAUUCGGUAAAUUUCAGAGCGGUUUCGACGAUGAAGACCUUGCGUUCAUCAGAAAACAAUUCGAGGCCCAGCAAAUGUCCAAUGACAUCCCAUGGAAACAGCAGAUCCCAUGGAGAGAUCACACCGUCCCACCAAGAAUGAAAAUGAUCGUAAGUCGAAACGUUUUUUAUUAUUGGUUCUUGACUUUAGCCCCAACCAGCGAGAUUUGACCACAAACUUGGCCGCCCCGAACCAUACUUUGAGGAUCCGGACCUUUGGGAUGUGGUCCCGGUGGCCAGCGGCUGUGCUCGAGCCGAACCGUACAGGAAAGUGGAGGAUUCGAACAAAAUCAAAGCCAAAAGAUCUCAGAGAAUGAUUGACGAGAUUCUGGUGAGUGCUUAGAACGAAUUUUUUGGGAUUUUGGAAAUGGUUUUUGUCAGGUGUUGUCUAGUAUAAUAUUGCUGAAUAUGGUAUUUUAGAAGGGAAUUUUUGGAACGAAAAUUGGUUAGAAUCAAGCUUUAUGAUGUUAGUUAUGUAGCGUAAAACAAAUUGAGCUCCCAUAUAACGAAGCCUUUGUAUAACGAAAGAAUUUUUUUAAUACUGUCAUUUGAGGUGUCGAGAUUUUAUUUUUGAAUUUUUUUUUGAAGGAAAUCAUUACAUUACCAACUUUCAGAAGGACCGUGCACUGGUCCACGAAUCCACCGAGUCGCGCGGCUUCUCGAAGCGCCGCGAAAUGGCCCGCAGCGACUCGCAAUCCGGCGAUUCGCCCGACCCCUACUCCCAUCAGGCCAACAUGACCAAAAAGUUGCGCCAAAAAAUCACGAAAGUCUCGCUCUCCGCCAUCCACGGAUGGGGACUGUUCGUCAUGGAGCCGUGCGCCCCAGGCGAGCUGAUCAUCGAAUACGUCGGAGAGGAGAUCCGAACUGAAGUCGCGGAAACCAGAGAAAUCAAGUACAUGGAACAGGGAAAAUUGGUCUAUAUGUUCAGCUAUGAUCGCGAUUGGGUAAGAAUUGAGUGUUGAAAAAAUGGUGGGGUAUGUGGGAGAUUUUUUGAAGAGUUUGAGGGUAGUUGAAGAUGGGGGUUUUGAGAAAUUGGGAUUUUUGAGGGGUUUUAGGUACAAAUUUAGAAAAAAGGUCUGGUUUUUGGAAAGUUUAAAGGGUUUUGAAGCUUUGAAGAUUUUUUUAUACAUGAUGUGAUCUAAAAAUCACGUUGGUUUUCGAAAAUUAGCAUGAAACGAAAUGUCAAAAAUUUCCAAUAAUCUUGUGACAUUUCGUCAACUUCCGAAUUUUGGAGGUUUUUGUGAGCCUUGAAGAAUUUUUUAUACAUGGUAUGGUCUAAAAAUCAUGUUGUUAUUCGAAAAUUAGCAUGAAACGAAAUGUCAAAAUUUUCCAAUAAUCCUGUGACAUUUCGUCAACUUCGAAUUUACCCCCGAAUUUUGAAGGUGAUCGACGCCACAAUGAUGGGAAAUGCGGCGCGCUUCAUCAACCACUCGUGCCGACCCAAUUGCACGGCCGAAACGAAGAUGGUGGACGGCGUGCGGCGGAUCUACAUCUACUCGAAGACCUGGAUCGACAAGGGCACGGAACUCACGUACGACUACAAGUUCCUCACCGAAGACGAGAACAGCAUGAUGGACUGUCUGUGCGGUGAGCACAAGUGCAGAAGAAGGUUAUAGUUUGGGGAUUUGGAGAUUUUUUUUUUGAUGUAUAAUAUUCGACCCAAAUUGCUGAAUUUUUUUGUCUUGAAAAGCAAUGUCUAACCUCUGAAAUCUCGUGAAAUGCUGUAGAUCAGCUGUCGCGGAGAUGUCUAACCGACCUUUACACCUUUUUUCUGUGAAUUUGUACAAUUUUUUGAAAUUUUGGACGAUUUUGUCAUGGAUAAUGUAAAAUUAUUGGCGAAUGGGGAAUUUUGUCGGAUUUCCGAAGAUUUUGGACUAGAAUAAGAAGAAUUGGAGCGUUCGAAGCGGUAAUGUCCAGUUUUGACACCUGCAGAUACCAUGUAAAAUACGAAAAUUGCGCAACUUUUUGAUUUUUUCUCUCUCAUUUUUUUGGUUUUAAACAAUGUUUUUUGCAUACUUAAGUCGUAUUUUCUAAAAUUUUAGCCGUGUUUAGCACCCAAUUAGCUCACUAACUCGUCUUUUUUAGCUUCCCCUUGAAGUCUGGUCAUCAAUUUCCCUCUUCCGUCUCUCCCCAACUCUGA